UUGAGCUGUAUUGAAAACCUCUUCCUGUGUUUCUCUCAGUUUCUCUCCUUCUUUCGUUGCCUCUUUCCUUUUUACUUCAUCAAAACACUAUAUAUACCCCUUUCUUAAUCCCUUCUUUCUUCAUCCUCCUAAUUUCUUCUCCCAUUUUAUCCUCCAUUAACAAACACUCUCUACCUCUAACCAUGUUCACUUUCCCCGUCCUCCUCCUCCUCCUCCUCCUUCUUUUCGUCCUUCUUUUCUUUCAUUAUCUUUUCAAAUUCUCCGCCCCGGCUCGUCGGAAACUUCCCCUUCCGCCGGGCUCUAUGGGUUGGCCUUACUUGGGUGAGACCCUCCAACUCUACUCUCAAGAUCCCAAUGUCUUCUUUGCCUCAAAAAAGAAGAGAUAUGGUCCUAUUUUUAAGUCCCAUAUAUUGGGUUAUCCUUGUGUGAUGGUUUCUAGUCCUGAAGCUGCAAAGUUUGUGUUGGUCACUAAAGCUCAUCUCUUUAAGCCUACAUUUCCAGUUAGUAAAGAGAGGAUGUUGGGCAAAAAUGCUAUUUUCUUUCAUCAAGGUGAUUACCAUUCCAAAUUGAGACGUCUCGUUCUCCGAACUUUUAUGCCCGAGGCCAUUCGAAACAUCGUCCCCAGCAUUGAAUCCAUUGCUAAAAAUACUGUUCAAUCAUGGGAUGGACAAUUUAUUAACACCUUCCAAGAAAUGAAGAUGUUCGCAUUCGAGGUUUCGUUACUUUCGAUAUUCGGAAAAGACGAAGCUCUUUACUUCGAAGACCUAAAGCGAUGCUACUACAUUCUCGAAAAAGGCUACAAUUCCAUGCCGAUAAACCUGCCCGGAACACUCUUCCAUAAGGCCAUGAAAGCAAGGAAAGAGCUAGCACAUAUCCUAAACAAGAUCCUCUCAACCAGAAGGGAAAUGAAGCGAGACCACAACGACCUCCUCGGAUCUUUCAUGGGUGAAAAGGAAGGCCUCACCGAUGAACAGAUUGCCGAUAACGUCAUCGGUCUCAUCUUCGCAGCUCGGGACACGACCGCGAGUGUUCUAACAUGGAUCUUGAAAUACCUAGGAGAAAACCCAAGUGUUCUUCAAGCUGUCACAGCUGAACAAGAAGCAAUAAUGAAAGAAAAACAGAGUGGAGACGAUAAUCUCACCUGGGCUGAUACCAAAAACAUGCCAAUCACUUCGAGGGUGAUUCAAGAAACUCUGAGAAUGGCUUCAGUUUUAUCAUUUACAUUCAGAGAAGCAGUGGAAGAUGUUGAAUUUGAUGGAUAUUUGAUUCCAAAAGGAUGGAAAGUUUUGCCUCUUUUCAGAAACAUUCAUCACAGCCCAGAAAUUUUUCCUCAACCUAACAAGUUUGAUCCUUCAAGAUUUGAGGUUUCUCAAAAACCCAAUACCUACAUGCCAUUUGGCAAUGGGACCCACUCUUGUCCAGGAAAUGAAUUAGCCAAGCUGGAAAUGCUGGUUCUACUCCAUCAUUUAACCACCAAGUACAGGUGGAAUGUAGUUGGUGCACAAGAAGGGAUUCAAUAUGGCCCUUUUGCCCUACCUCUCAAUGGCCUUCCAAUAAGAAUCUCUCUCAAAAAGUAAAUACACAGAAGACAGAAAUAACCCCAGGAAAAAAAAAAAAACAAAAAACAAGAUUGUUUCAAAAACUUGAGUUUCUAAAUGGAGAAACAGUGCCUUGGAAAGAUUGCUCUCUCAAGUCAAAUCAAAAUCAGUGAUUAAAAAGAAGAAACAGAGCAAAUGCUCUGUUUUUUGUUCAAAAGAAAAGAAAAAAGAAAAAACCCACCUUGUUUUUUGGGCAAAAGGGGACAGUUUCUGACUCAAAAAAGAGUCAUUAUUAGUUAUAGAUUUGGAUAUACUUUAAAAACCCCAACUCAGAAAGAUGAAGGCUAAUUCAGCCACAUCAACCAAACAACAACAAUAUCUCCAACAAAAAAUCAACGGUUCUGAUUUCUUUGAGUUUUAUUCUUUUUUUUUUUUCUCUAAAUUUUACAAUUUUCUUGAGAUGAAGAGGAAAAGUCCUCAAGGAAUGAUUGAUGUAUUUACUUUUACAUACCAUUUUUUUUUUUAAUUUCUUUUUGUUGUAACCAAAAAUAUUGCCGCAAGGCCAAUAAGUAUAUCAUAAUAAGAGUUUAUCUUCCGAGUUA